CAAACGCCUCCAGGCGCGUCAAACGCACGCCAGUCUCCAUACAUAUUCUUGGCGAGUUGGACGUUGGUACAAUUUUUGUCGGCUUUCCGCGAUUUUCUCACGACAUCAGUUAUUGUCCCUACUGGUACAGGUGCAACAGUGAAGUGAUUGUAAAGUGUUUAUCAACAGUGGAUUGAAGUAUUUCAUGCAAUUAAUCUGAAUGCGGAAUGGUAAUCGGACUUGUGAAGGAACAUCGACUGCCGAAGCCUACUGUACAAAUAUGGAGAGCUUAUCACCAUUCGCGGGAAAUUACAUAAUACAUAUAAGCACGAAAGCAGUGACCACUAAUGUUUGGGUGGGCGGUGGCGCGAUGCGAGAGGAGGACCUGGAGGUGGCCCUCAAGGUGGUGAUCGUGGGCGACGGCGGCGUGGGCAAAUCCAGCAUGAUCCAGCGGUACUGCCGCGGCACCUUCACCAGGGACUACAAGAAGACUAUUGGAGUCGACUUCUUAGAAAGACAGAUUGAGAUCGACGGCGAGGAAGUCCGAUUGAUGCUAUGGGACACGGCGGGACAGGAGGAGUUCGAUGCCAUCACAAAGGCGUACUACCGCGGCGCACACGCAUGCGUGCUCGCCUUCAGCACCACGGACCGAGACUCCUUCCUCUCACUACAUUCAUGGAAACUCAAGGUGGAGAAUGAGUGCGGGGAGAUACCCACGAUCAUAGUUCAAAAUAAAAUUGAUUUAAUGGAUCAAUGCGUCGUUGGACCAGAUGAAGCUGAGCUAGUAGCAAGAGCACUAGGCUGUCGGUUAAUGCGUGCGUCAGUAAAAGAAGACGUUAAUGUUGGAGCCGUGUUCAGAGCUUUAGCUGCACGGUGUCUGUCAGAUAUGCGGCGUGAUGAUGCCGACACAAUGCCGCCGUGCCAACAACCCGUCAUAGGAACAUUUACAAACCACAACAGUAACGGUACAAUUCUGCUGCGGCCAACGAAACAUCGGCCGGGCGGCAAAAAGAAGAAUGUCCUAAGAAACGCUUGCAGACUACUGUGAUUAUCAGACCCUUCUUUAAACCUGCUCAACGCUGUAUUUUGUAAUUAUAAUAGUGUUUCAAAAACCUCUAAAAACGAUAACAAUAAACUGUUCUGAAAUUUGUUAAGUCCUAGAAAAUAUUUUUUCCGUUCGGCAUCAAGUUGUUGGUCACAGCCUCAUAUUUGAAUCUAAAUUAAAAAAAAUACUAGAAUAAAAUGUAAAAAGAAGUAAUUAAGGCCACUAUAAGGAAGAUAAACCUAAGACCGUAGGACCAAAAUCAAGUUAUUGGCAUUUAAAAAAAUCAUAAUAAAUUUGACACGUUUUUUGUCGCAUGUGGCUCCAUCUGUUGAUCACAAAAUUGUAAAAACCUAGUUCAGUCUUAAAAAUCUUUCAUAGUGCUUUUAUAGGCAAAGACAAAGGAUGAUGAAUAUCAAAAAUGCUAAAUCCUACUCAAAUCUAUAAUUCCAAGUGCAUUAAAUGACAACCUUAACUUAGUCGAUAAAAAAGCUGUUUAGUCAUAUUUUAAUGUUUUUAGUUAGUUGAUAUUGAAAUAACAAAGCUAUGUAAAU